AUGGCGUCGCGUAAAAGGCCAAAACAUAAUCCACCACCCCCUGAACCAUCUUUAGAAGAAGAAGACACUUUAGACCGUCUUUGUAGUAUUCGUCUUGUAAGUUAUAAUAACAGGCAAUUUGAAAUUAAAAUAUUUGGUAUCAAUAAUUAUAAUCGCCCAUUUAAAAUUACUGAUAACAACGAUAAUACACUUGCAACGCUUCAAAAUGAAAAUGGUUGCCACGUUUCUUGCCUUUUAAUUCGAAUUGAUAACAGUAACAACAAUGGAAUACGGUUUCAUUAUAAUCGUAACUAUGUAGAACUUCUUCAUUGCAAUAUAAACCUCCGGGAUUUUCAACAUUAUCAAGUUGGUUAUGUCGGACUUUUGAAUGGGAUGCUAAAACUUAAGAUUGUCAAUAAUAAUAAUAAUCUCACUAUUGAUAAGUGA